UUUGCUAUAUAGCCUUGGCAACCCGAGUGUACGCGGUGCGGAGUGAGAACAUGCCCAGUGCCCGGCGGGGCUGCACACGGGGGGCUCCAUCCGCCCGCACUCUACUGUGACCGGCACCUGCUCCUCUCCCAGCCCGGCCCUCCCGGCUGCCCCUCAGCAGUGAUGGGUUGCUUCUGCGCGGUCCCCGAGGAAUUUUAUUGUGAAGUUUUGUUACUGGAUGAAUCUAAGUUGUCACUUACCACCCAGCAGCAAGGGGUUAAGAAGUCAACUAAAGGCUCUGUUGUCCUGGACUACGUGUUCCGUCACCUAAACCUUGUGGAGAUAGAUUACUUUGGGCUACGUUACUGUGACAGAAACCAUCAGACGUACUGGCUGGAUCCAGCAAAGACUAUUUCAGAACACAAAGACUUGAUUAGCACUGGCCCUCCAUACACUCUAUAUUUUGGGGUUAAAUUCUAUGCGGAAGAUCCGUGUAAACUGAAGGAAGAGAUAACCAGGUAUCAGUUCUUUCUACAAGUGAAACAGGAUGUUUUGCAAGGUCGAUUGCCUUGUCCUUUUAAUAUUGCUGCUCAGCUUGGAGCCUACGCCAUACAAUCCGAGCUUGGUGACUAUGACCCGUAUAAAAGCCUUGCUGGUUAUGUGUCAGAAUAUCGCUUUGUGCCUGACCAAAAGGAAGAACUCGAAGAAGCCAUUGAACGUAUACAUAAAACACUAAUGGGUCAGGUUCCUGCUGUAGCGGAGUCAAAUUAUUUGUCAGUUGCCAAAUCCCUUGAAAUGUAUGGAGUUGACCUUCAUCCUGUUUAUGGGGAAAAUAACUCUGAAUACUUUUUAGGCCUCACCCCUGUAGGGCUGGUUGCAUACAAAAAUAAGAAGCAAGUGGGGAAAUAUUUCUGGCCUAGAAUUACAAAGAUUCAUUUCAAGGAAACACAGUUUGAACUACGAGUUGUUGGAAAAGAUUGCUCGGAAACCUCAUUCUUUUUUGAAACCCGGAACAAAGUGGCCUGUAAGCAUCUGUGGAAAUGUUGUGUGGAGCACCACACGUUCUUCAGGAUUCCAGAAAAUGAUCCAAACACUCUGUCGAGGAAGCUCAGUAAACUUGGCUCCUUAGGUUCCAGACAUCGGUACAGUGGUAGGACUGCCUCACAGAUGUGCAGAGACAUGUCCAUCCAGUUGCCACGGCCUGAUCAAAGGGUGGAGAGAAGUAGGAGUAAGACUUAUCCUAAAAGAACAGCUCUCACACAGCAGCCAGGCUCAAAUAAUGUAGAACAAAUAAUGACAAAUGGAGAAAAUAGGGAAAACGAAGGCACGACCAAAAUCACUGCCCCUUCACCCAUUAAAAGCUCCAAGAAAGUCAAACGUGACAACAGUCCAGACACCCAAAGAAGUAAAACAAGUGCCCCUUGGGAAGAAAACGGCUCUGCAAGUGGGCUGUAUAAUUCUCCCAGUGACCGCACCAAGUCACCAAAGUUCCCCAGCCCUCGACGGCGAAAUCAGUCCGGGAGUGAAAAUGAGUCAGGGCAGCCUAUUAGGAGGAAAGGACAGAACAGUGGUGAGGAUUCUGAUCUCAAGCACAGAAGGAGGUCACGAUCACGUUGUAAUACCAGUAGCGGUAGUGAGUCUGAAAACUGCAACAGGGAACAUCGCAAAAAACGGAACAGGAUACGGCAGGAAAAUGACAUGGUGGAUUCUGCUCCACAGUGGGAAGCCGUUUUAAGAAGACAAAAGGAGAAGAACCAGGGUGACCCUAAUUCCCGAAGGUCAAGGCAUCGGUCUCGAUCGAGAAGCCCAGAUGUCCAAGCAAAAGAAGCAUUGUGGAAACACAUUCAGAAGGAACUGGUCGACCCCUCAGGCUUAUCUGAAGAACAAUUAAAGGAAAUUCCGUACAUGAAGAUAGAGACUCAAGGUGACCCCAUACGUAUCAGACACUCUCACUCCCCCCGAAGCUUCCGCCAGUACCGGAGAUCUCAGUGCUCUGAUGGUGAAAGAUCAGUUCUGUCUGAAGUUAAUGUAAAAACUGAUCUUGUGCCUCCUUUGACUGUGACACGAGCCUCAGAUAUCCAUUGUACCACUGGACCUUCGCAGAAACGGACCGGAUCCAAGGAUAGCCUGAUCGAAACCGGUGUGUCUCAUGACAGGGAUGGAAAACACAGUGUAAAAACCAUGAAACCAGUGCCGACCACGCGCCUCAUCUCUGAAACCUGACAAUGGUUGAAAAUGGUUGUAAUUAUGAAUGGAUGAUCUAUGGACAAAGAACCUCCCAUAAAUUAUAUUUCCAUAACAGACUACAUGGAAAAUCUGUUCAGACCUUAUUAUCGCUGGAGCCUGCAUCACCGUGAUCAUUAUUCAGUUUAUACCUGCGAGUGUUGUGGCCAUUUUAUAUAGAAAGGUGUGGAAACCUGAAGACCUUAAAGCUUGUGUUUCAUACAUCAGCCGCCAAUGUUACAGUGAGCCCUACAUGAAAUAUACUGCUGCAACACCAUCGUCAUGUGCUCUGUGAUGAUGGAAGCCAAUCAUUUCUAGCUGCCGGAAUUCCUGAUCCUUCAACGUUAAACAUACUUGUUUGGCACAAUCUUAGGUUUUAGUUGCUACAAGGGCGUUUUGCCCAUAGAUGCUUGUAUACCAAGUGAAGCAUUAUUUGUAAAUUUUGUUUUUUAUUCUGAGGACUUUUUGAAUUUAUUUUAUUCUUGCAGUAUUAAAUCCAAAAGUAUUUAAGAAUAAAAGUCUAGGCAAAAA